AUGACGAGGAGAAGCAAUCAAUCAUCGACCUCACGACCGACAACACAAAGAAGAAAUCAACACACAAAUAACAAAACUCAUGGACCAAGGUAUAAUCACUCGUCAUCACCCUACAACUCACCUGUAUGGGUAGUUCCCAAAAAAACUGACGCGAGCGGCGCUAAGAAAUGGCGAAUAGUCAUAGACUUCCGCAAACUGAACGAAAAAACGGUGGGAGACGCGUACCCGCUCCCGAACAUCAUAGACAUCCUGGACCAGUUGGGAUCAGCGAAAUAUUUCUCGACGUUCGACUUGGCUUCGGGUUUUCACCAGAUACCCAUGCACCCUAACGACAGCGCAAAAACCGCAUUCUCUACUCCACACGGACACUAUCAAUACAACCGCAUGCCGUUUGGCCUCAAAAACGCCCCAUCAACCUUUCAGCGCCUCAUGGACCAAAUUCUUGCGGGAUUACAGGGUAAUGAAAUCUUCGUCUACUUAGACGACAUCGUGAUUUAUGCUAGGUCGAUAGAGGAACACACGAUUAAAUUUAAAAAACUCAUGAACAGACUGAGCAAGGCAGGCCUCACCCUACAACCCAACAAAUGUGAAUUUUUGCGGACAGAAGUGGCAUACCUAGGCCACAUAAUUACACAGGACGGUGUGCGACCCAACCCGGACAAGAUAACAGCCGUGAAAAAUUACCCUACACCAAAAAACCCUAAACAAAUAAAACAGUUCUUGGGUCUGAUAGGGAAUUACCGGAGGUUCAUCCCCGACAUGUCAAAAAUUGCGAAACUAAUCAAUAACCUUCUGAAAAGGAAUACUCCAUUCCUAUGGACAUCGGAGCACCAACGAGCGUUUGAAUCGCUACGCGACAUACUGUGCACUGAACCAAUACUGCAGUAUCCCGAUUUCAGCAAACCCUUCGUAUUAACGACCGACGCCUCGAACUACGCGAUAGGCGCGGUCUUGAGCCAAGGCAAGAUCGGAGAGGACCUACCAAUAGCGUAUACAUCAAGAGCGUUGCAACAAGCAGAAGUGAACUACUCGACCACGGACAAGGAACUUCUCGCAAUUAUUUUCGCGGUCAAGCAUUUUAGACCGUAUCUAUACGGACGACAAUUCACCCUAGUGACCGACCAUAGGCCACUUAUCUGGCUGAAUAAUGUUAAAGACCCCACCUCACGGCUGCUGCGCUGGCGCUUGACGCUAGAUGAAUAUUCUUAUGACAUCGUAUACAAGAAAGGAACGACAAACUUGAAUGCUGAUGCACUUUCUCGGAAUCCUCCACUCCAGCGCCCUACCCAGAUCUUUCCCAUCGACUCCAAGCGCCCGAGAUCCGAAACUGAAUCUUCACCCCCUAACACACACAAACAAAGUAAAAGCGCCCACCAAUUCCCGACAAGACGCCGGGAUACGACCGACGAACCUACUGAUGUAAACCCUCCUAAACGGCCAAAAUUUGAAUCCACCAGCGACACCUCGCGCGUAUCAAAUCGCCCUAACCCCCCAACUAGCAUACAUCAACCACUGUCGGUCAAGCGCCCAUACAGCACCGACUCCUCAGGAAACCCAAGACCACGCAAGAAACCGGAGCUACCACCGUACUACGAUACGAACACAACAUACACGUCGGAGCACGAAGUGGAAGAAAUCAGGGUAAACACAAAACGACCUAGACCCUCAACAUCGUCGUCCGAUGCAGCACCCGGUAAAAGACAUAGAGUGUUAAAACCCGAACUGGAUGCCGCGUCAACAGCUGACCAACCCGGAAGCUCUUAUGGCACACGCCCCGGGCAGACGCCCCCGUACGAAGAAUUCUUUGUAGAUCUCGACUUUCUACCAUUGACUCACAGCAAAUUCAUCAAGGAGAUACCGGCUAACCUAAUCGACAGACCAGAUCAUAUAGCUCAUUGCAUCUCAGCAGAUUGCAAAACGUCGCGUGGCAUAGCACUACAACUAGCAGAUCGGAAAAUGAUCGACAGGUCGGAAUUAAAAAGCCACAGACCAGGGAUCGCAGACGUCAUCGUAACGCCUCACAAUAACCGUAACAUAUACAACCUAGACACAAAAAGAUUCUGCUCUGAACGACCCACUAGGGAAACCUUCUAUAAUACCCUUGUUGAUUUGAGAAAUCAACUCCAUAGAGACCGCAUAACGACUCUAUCCAUACCCCGACUAGGCUGUGGACUAGACAGAUUGAAUUGGAAUAUAGUAAGAAGAAUGAUACACUACGUAUUCAAAGACUCGAAUAUUACGAUCGCGAUUUGUAACCCUGAAAAUCCACCAAUUGACACCUCAGAAUCUGACAGCGUUACACGACCACGCACUCCGCUCACCCGGCAGCGCAUACCCCCCUCAACAACUACAGCCAGCCCAAAGUUUAAAAUGCCCGAAUCUCGACCACCUCGCCGUCCGAGACCGGCUUCAGCCGCCUCGCCUCGACCUCCCGUUAUCUCACCCCCCACUAGUCCACCUACGAUCCGCUCAACUUACACGACGUCGAGUGACGAAGGCUCGUGCGAUAUGGACUCAGCUGUUACAGAUAGCGACAGCGAUAGCGAUGACUACCCUGCAACACCAAUCAUCCGAUCGAGGGCACCACGCUCUGGAAACCCGGAGCACCCUCCCCGCGGAAGCCCCAGGAAAUCUCCAUUGCAAGAUAAUAACGAUAACAAAGCAUGCGAAUUUGAAGACUUUAUGAAUACCAUAGACGACAUAACAUCCGUACCUAAUAUCACCGAAACUAACGACGGGUUAUUGAUGAUAAACGACAAUUACGCACACUUUAUAUCGGCCGAUUGCACGUGGAUUAACACUCCGGAGAAACAAUUAGUGGAGGAGAACCUCGUAAGUAAAGAAAUUGUCGAGAACCAUAGUUAUUCCAAGUUCCAAAUACUAACAACAAUAUCAAAACACAAAUACGUAUACACCCUGGUAGUAAAAUCCCUCGCUCGUGACAAAGGAAACCUAGAUGACUUAUUUCGUGCAUUGGUAAACCUAAAACAGACCUUGCACAAACAUAACACCCUAUCUGUCGCACUCCCCAUCGCAGGCACAACUAUUGACGAAUUCAGACCAACAGUGGUAAAGAAAAUGAUCCACUACAUUUUCCGUAACUCACCCAUCCGGAUCACUAUCUGCUUAAAUACUACUAUCAUACCCGAGGAAGGUAUCCGUGAAGACAUCAUUAGGGAGAAUCACGAAUCCCUGGUGGGUGGACAUCAAGGGAUUACGAAGGUUUACAGACGCACGCGAGAAAAAUAUUUUUGGCCCCACAUGAAAGAACAAAUCCGAAACUUUGUCAAGAGUUGCGAAAGUUGCCAACGAAAAAACUAGUCAGAGUCAAGACAAAACUACCAAUGGUCAUUACAGACACGCCGACGGACAUAUUUCACAAAGUCGCUAUGGACAUAGUAGGGCCUCUGCCCAUAACAAAAAGUGAUAAUCGUUACCUCCUGACAAUCCAGUGCAAUCUGACGAAAUUUAUAGACGCCAUCCCAAUCGUAGACGCAACAGCCCAAUCAAUCGGGACAGCCUUCGCUACGGAAUUCAUCACGCGCUACGGCGCACCAUACACGAUACUCACGGAUCAAGGACAAAAUUUUAUGAGCAAAACGAUGCGGCAAAUCUGUAGGCUAUUCAACAUUAAUAAACAAAUUCGAACAACCCCUUACCGACCGCAAUCAAAUGGAUCUUUGGAACGUGCCCACAUAAUGCUAACCGAAUAUACCAAGCAUUACACCACGCUGGAAAAGAUUGGGACAAAUAUAUACGAUUCGCCGUAUUCGCCUAUAACACAGCGGUUCACGAAGCCACAAAUUUCACCCCACACCGGCUUACUUUCGGCAAAGAAGCACGACUACCAUCAGAUAAAACCCCAGCCUAUGCGCUAACUAAUACAUACGAUACUCUAGCCUUGGACUUACUAACAAACUUACAAGAUAUCCGUAGACGUGCGGUACAAAACUUGAAAAACGCAAAACAAAGAUCCAAAACACUCUACGACAGAACCACCAAUAGCCAAUCUUUCGAAGCAGGACAAGAGGUGUUUCUCCUCAAUGAAACCCGCGACAAGUUUGAAGACCACUAUAAAGGCCCAUACGUUAUCAAACAAAUGAUAAAUAACAUCAAUGCCGAAAUAUACCUCACACCAACUAAAACAAAAAUCGUCCACCUUAACAAACUGAAGCAUGCCAUAAAACGGGAUAAGACAGUCGCUACGGACGAAUAAUCAAUCUUUCGAAACCCACAACAACUCAACACACAUGACACAAACCUUACAGAGCCGCCAGCUCGCCUUACUACCCCCAAUACCUCGGCAAUCUCCGAAACUAGAGACCAUCUCUCGAAUAAAACAAUACUAUUGAGUUGAGCCGCGAUGCGAGUUUAGCAGCAGACAUUGUUAUUAUGUGAUCAACAAGACAAAAACCUGUAACCAUACGUUAGAAAUAAAGAUAGAAUAGUACACUAUACAAGCUUAAGAAAACUACUUUCAUACACAUAUUCGCCAUAGAAUGGAAAAAUACGACCUAAUGUAUGGAUAUGUACUAGAUUUGAGACAGCACAAGAACAUUAAGAAUAUAAACCUAGCACAUAAGGACACAAUACCAGAACACACACACAUAUACAGCAUAUGUAAUCAGACCCAAUAAAGCUUAUUGAAAAAGGGUCCACCCAAUACACAAAAACACCCACACAAACACGAUGCACGAUGUUCUGUAAACUAGCUACUAAGUAUCAAUAUGUAAAAACCAAUUGUCAACAACCUUUAACCUUAUCGACAUAUCCUCCGGAUAUGCCUUCUCUAACAGGGGGGGUGUUACGUCCAGACCCUGUACUCUACAACGCUUUCCUAUCUCCCUCGCAACCUGACCGCUAGUCCCUCCGACUCCUAUUACUACUUUGUUCCCACGUAAAACUGCAGCGUAAGGUGCACUUGCCCCUACCCCGGGACGUCCAUCCUCCAAGAGUCUCACCCUGAUGCGGAGACUCUCGACUCCUCUUCCAGACCGGCAAGAUCGGACGUCAAUUCAAUCGUUCUUUUCCGAACCCAUUCAAGCUCAUUCUACCAAUUAUCCAAUAAAAGUAUUUUAAGUCGUUAAAAAUCAUCCAUUUCAUUUUUCCUAACAUUCACCACACUCUUCAAGUGCCACAAGCACCGCGAACGGGAGGAACCUUUUCGACGUCUCUACUGUUGGGACGUAACAGCAGUAUGGCCGCAGCAGCCGAAGGAGGUGGUCGACGGUGUCGCGUACUUACUUGGCGAAGAGAAAGAAGAAGCUAGAGAGGAGUGAAAGAGAGAGAGAUAUACUUUAAGAUUUAUACUUGACAGAGGUCGAAGUUGCCUAGUUUUUAGCGAUACGGUUCAACCAUCCUACGUUGUGCUGAAACCUUCGUAUACAGGUAAGAAAUGAUUGUUAUUGCGCGUAUUCGUUAACUUGUAAUAAGAUCAGAAGCAAUCUAUCUGAUUUGCAUACCUGCAGUCAGAAUGCAUUUGAUGAGCGUACGAGAAUUGACAUCCUACAAGACUUUACCCUUUACCCCUAAAAAACGCUAAUUGUAAGCUUAUAGCCUUAGAUAUUUCUCAAAAUCUUAGAUUAGGAUUAGGACAAAUAAAUAAAUGCAUUUAUUAAGUUGGUUAUAUUAUUUAUUUAAUUAUUUAUUGAAUGUUGCCUGUAUCCUCUCAAUGUGAAGCAAUCGUCACGUCUAUGAUUGCAGACUAUAUUAGUAAUCGAACCAUUAAUUAUUAUGCAUAGUAUUUCAAACUAUUUGAUAAUUUAUUAGUAUUCCGAAAGCAUUCAUUCAUCCACUCAUUCAUUCAUUCAUCCAUUCAAUAAAUAGUCAUUUCAUUAUUGAAUCGAGAAGUUGAUCAAUUGGUACGACUUCAAUGCUCCUUAAUUUAUUUGUUCAUUUCUGCAUCUAUUCAGUUAUUCAGUUUUUUUUUUCUGUUUAUUUGUUCAUGGAAUCAUUAUUCAUGCAUGACUCUUAUAGAAUCAAAUAUGAAGCUAUCGACGCGUCUGUCUUUGUAGACUGAUUUAGUGAUCAAACAAUCAUUGCCAUUAGUAUUUGGAACUAUUGAUUAAUUUGUUAGUAUAUUGGGAGCAUUCUCUAUUAUUCAAUUAUUUGAAUGGAUAAAUGAAUAAAUAAACAAUCAAAUUGAUCAAUUAAUCAAUGGGUAAGAUUUCGAUGCCUUUCAAUUUAUGUGUUCUCCCGUUGAUUCAUUUCUUCAUUUAGUUAUACAGUUACGCUACGAUUUAUAAACAAAAUCCAUGAGCACAAAAAUACGUCUUGAAAAUUUGAAUUCCAUCGCCGAAUUCCGGGCAUUCGUUUCCGAGAUAUAGUGAAAAACGUGAUGGCAGGUCACGUAGCUUGAGAUUUCAUAUUUCAGCGGGCUGCGCUCAAGCGCUCUCGAUCUCGUUCGUAUUCCUACCGCUGCGCGGCGAACCACGCUCUGGUUUCUCGCACCAAACGAAGUAUCAGUUUUUCAUUAGGCAAAUGCACUUCGUGCGUGAGACAUUAGCGACACAGUAUAGGGAAUACAGUAUAACCAGUAGCGACAAGUGCCCUCUUUGCUGUUGCCAAUUCUACCUCGCGCAUAACCGGUAACCGCCAUGUUUUGAGGGAGUAGACAUGGACGCUUUUCCGCUAACAAUUGAAUCUCUUUGAAUCCCUUGUUAGCGUCGUUUAGCGUCGUAGCAUAUCGAAUUUGUAGCGUCUCUUUAUAUUCUUGUAUUACAUCGCAUUGAAAAGUAAAAUUAUAAAUCUGAACUGAGUCAUUUCAACUGACGAUUGCAAUUGAUUGAGUGAGACAAGUGCAAGAUCCACAAAACUUUAUAUGAACAUUUCUAACGAUGAGUAAAAAAGGUGGUCGUUGGUGCUCGGCGUUGCAAUGUCGCAAUGACGCUAAAACUACAAACCGACAGUUUUUCUCAUUUCCUGACGACUCCGCAAGGUAUGUGGCGUGUAUUUCAUAUACGCCAACAACGGUUAUUGCUUUACAGGCCAGUUCACGAAGAUCAAGACCCAGAUCCACUUUCAAUUCCUAUCCCAAAAUUACAAACCUCAUCGUAAGUACUCAACGGAGUGCGACGAAUAACUCAUAUGCCAUUAUUUACGAUCUAGUUUCUCAAAUUAUAUGAGAAACGAGUAUCUCAAAUUACCAAUACUAGAUGUUCUCAUUCUUAAGCAAUAUUUUUUGCAUUCUUAUUAAUUAUAUCAUUCGAAUAAGAAAGUGAUUUUCAAUUUUUUAGUUCUGUCAUUCGAAUAAGAAAUUUAUUUUGAAACUACUUAAUCCUAAUUUUUGAGUUAAAAACCCGUUUCUGAUUUUUAAUAUUAUGAUUCGAAUUCAAAAUUACAUACAUAAUUUUUCACUGAAUAUUUAAUUUCCAGUUUCAAUUCGAAGUUUUUGGAAUUAAUUAAUUUGCAAUUCUGGUCUCAUAACUCACAGUUUUCCAAAAUUGCCUGAUUUUACGCACACACAGAGCGGUCUUGCGUACAUGGUUUAAGUUCUAGUCGAGCCCGACAUAUACUGUGAAUUUGGUCGAAAUCGGUGACGACGAGUUCUCAGCCUCCCCUUGUGAGUUGCUCGAUUGCUCUGAUUCUGGCAAUGAGUUGAAAUCGCGGAACGCCGCGCGCCAGCGAGAAUCGAUUGUGUGCGUGCAUAUCAUUUACAGGGACCCGUAUGCGUGUAAGUGACCGACUGCAGCGCACCAAGUAGUGGGGAGGGAAAGCUCGGGCCGUCCGUGAGCCU